UUUUUUUUCUUUUAGCACAUCAUGAAGCAAGUCGUUUAAAAUGUCGUGUAAGUUUUGAUGUACCAAAAUUACCAUCACCAACAAUUAAACGAGGUGCAAUACCAUUAUCAUCAUCAAGAUUAUUAUUAACUACCACAUUCAAAAUCAAAGAUCCAAGAACUUAUUCUUGGAAAAGAUAUGUUACAUCAUUACUAGAUACAAGUAUUCAAUUACAUGAUCUGAAUUUAAAUCAUAUCUGUGCUGUUAGAGUUCGUGCGAAAAAUAUAUUUGAUGUUAGUGGUCCAUCACAACCAAUAACAAGUCGACUUUUAACUCGAACUGAUGAAAAACGAGUAGAAGAGGAACAAGAACCAAUUAGUAAAACAAAACGACCAGCAACUUCAACAUUGGAUGAAUAUGGUACUCGACCAUCAUUACAAGUCGAUGGUCCUGAUAUUCAAUAUUUUCUUGAAGGACAAAAGCUCGGCGUUCCAAUUCCAUUUGAUGAUUCUCGUAUAAAAUUAUAUAAUGAUCGUCGUGAUUAUGCCUAUCUUUCAAUUGAUUCUGCAUUAGCAUCUGACGAAGGUGCUUACGAAACGUUGCUGAAAAUAAAUAUGGUAUCGCAUGUCAUACAGUUUAUUUAUCCCGUUCGGAACGGGGGACGCAUAUAUGCGUCAUGAACCUUUUUCUUCGGAUAAGUGUGCACAAUAUACGUUGAAGAUUAAAAAUAAUUGCGUACACUCAUAGUAUGAUUCGCUGCUGCGCUUUACACGUGUGCUUUUUUGUUGCUUACAUUCCGCAUGACGAUCGCAGACAAUAUACCAUACUGAAUUUUUCUCUUUUAUACUGUUAUACGUCUACACUAUUUCUUUGUUACAUGCGCACGUAGGCCAGUUGAAAGAAAAAGAAAUGCGUAACACAUAUAAAGGGUGUCACGUAAGUUCUGAUCCCCUCAUCAAAUAUUCUUUUCUUACACGUUUCUGCAUUCGAAGAGACUGAUAUUUUCAGUAUUUAUACUAGAUGUCUAGAUCUACUCUAUACCAGAAUUUCACGUUUCUACUUAUUUUUAUUACAGUGAUACAAGCAUCACCAAAAAUAAUAAGAGUUUUUGAAUUGUAACUAGAACACUUAUGGACGAGAAAAAUUGCAUCCAGUCUAUAACGGAUCGAUGUCCAGCAGCUUUUCCGUUACUAU